AUGGUCGCAGACGCGCUGAUCUACCACCCAGAAGUGGCUCACUUCAACCGCUUCGUCGCGACAACAGUCGGCCGCGACAAGCUCCUCCGAACCGUGCAAUACGCCUCCCGCUUCCUCGCCUGGUACCUCUACCGCACCAACCACCCGGCCUCGACCGUCGCCAUCCCCGAAACAAUCAAGAAGCAAUUCUCCUCCGUCCGCAAAGCCAUUAGAAUCGGCAAAUUCAUCGAGCACCUCAAAGCCGCCGCCAUCGCCUCCGACUCCAAGUCGCUCGACCCCGUCCUGAAGUACCUCGCCGUAGGCCGUCAGCUGGGUUACGCAGUCUACUUGAGCUUGGAUACGCUGUGCUACAUUGAUCAGACGGGAAUUUACAAGUUGAAGCAGGGCGCGAGAUUGCAGAGGGAGGCGUAUCGUGCGUGGUUUGUGGGGCUUGUGUGCAACAUUGCGGCGAGCGGGUAUACGCUGUGGAAUAUGAGGGAGGUGACCAGGACGCAGGGGGCUAGUGGGGAUGCGGAGAAGGUUGUGGGGCAGAAGCGGUUGCAGAAGGAGCGAGGCGCUGCGCAGUUGCAGUUGCUGUCGGAUCUGUGCGAUAUUACCAUCCCGAGCAAUGCUAUCUAUGGACGGUUUGAUGAUGGUAUUGUUGGUAUUGCGGGUACGAUCAGCAGUUUGAUAGGACUGCAGGCUGCUUGGGGGAAGACGGCUUGA